CAGUCACACUGCGCGUCCAACACAUUUUUUUAUUGAAUCGAAACCGAAUUUGUUGCAAAUUUUUAACGAAAAAAAAGCCAAGAAAAAUGCCUGCUGUGGUGCGUAUUAAGCGGCGGAUUGAUGAAGAACCACACACGGCCUUCGUGCUAAACGGCAAACGGCGGCGGCUGCACAGCGAUGAGAACGCGUUGGGCACAGCACAACUGCUGCCGGGGGCGGAUCCGUCCGCAUCCGCCGACGCCGCGGACAAAGACGAGCUGACGACCGUGCUGAAAUUUGCCGGCACCCUGACCAAGCAGGAUGACAGCGCCACAAAACAAUUUGCAGCGGCGCGAAUGAACAAAGCUACGGCCAAGGAGCUAGUGCAACAAAAAUCGAAUGCUGCGGCCAUUGCCAGUGCCCUGCGCAGGGACAGGCAGCGUUUGGAGGCACAACAAACCACACGCGAGCAGCGUUUCCGUGUGGUCAACUGCUUAAGGACUACACUCGAUGACAUCAAUGAGAACGAGGGUGCGGCAGGCGGCAGCAGCAGCAGCAGCAACAACAACAAAGAUGAUGCAGCCGCUAAGAUUACAAUUCUGGAUAUCGAAUCACAUCAGCAGCAGCAGCAGCGAACAGGGGCGGCGGGAGACAUAGAAACCGCAGCAACAGCAGCAGGAGGACUGCUGACAGAGGAGGAACAACGGCAGCCGGGAGGAGGAGGCCACCAGCAGCUGGAUCAACAGCAGCCAGCCGAUUCGGAUAUUGGCUAUGUCUACGAUUUAUAUGUGCCCGAGAAUGAGAUGCAGGCGGCCUAUGUCGAUAUGAUGGAUGACAAUUAUCUAAGGUUGUAUUAUCCGUUUAAUUACUACUACACCUGCUACUGGUAGUAGGACACAACUUGCCACAGAGAGAGAAAGAGAGAGAGAGAGAGAGAGACAAAGCAGCAGCAGAGACAAAGCCCCAGCCCCUCAUCCAAAGAAUGAAAGGAUUGCCCUGCCACACACAGGCACACAGGCACACAGCCACAGCCCCAAGGCGCCCGCCCACUAAUAUGACAAAAACUGUUUAAGACUCUAUCGAUUGAUUAGUUUAUAAUUCAUUAGAUAUAUGAUAUGUAUGUAUGUGUGGUGCAGCUAUUGCGCUUCAAUGAAAGAGCAGCAAAAAUGGCAGAGGCAUGCCAAAUAUUUAGCGGAUUUAUAUGGAUUAUGCAUGAUCUAAAGGAGCAGGCAGAUGGAUCUAUAUGAAAACACAAUCUACUUGAUCUUCAAAUACUUACCAGUCGAAGUUUAAGAGCGAGACUACGGCUUCAACCUGCAAAAUUUAAAAAAAAGAAGAUGCGACUUGGUCGAAAGCGAACUGCUUGAUCUUAGAAAAUUGAGAAAUCUUUAACAAGGAAAUGCAUUUAUAAACAAAAUAAUCUGCUUGCUGAAAAACAUCAUUAAAACAUUUUAUAGAUAAAGUCUAGCAGGGAGAGAACACCUUGAGACAGACAAGGAAACGCUUCGAUUUUAUGCCGAAGGAGACCGACUUGAUCCUUACUUAAAAUCCAGCAACAAAAGAGAGGAUUCUAUUUUGAAAUUGAACAAGAAAAAUCAUUAUAAAAACGUUUUUGUAAGAGGCAUCUUAAAUCUACUCCUUAAUCUUAGAACAAGAACUGGAUGGAGCAAGACCAAAGCAAGAUACAAAAUCAUAACAAAAAAAUCCAAUAAUAAUCCUUAAGUUUACAAUAAAAUUUAAGUCGAAAAUGCAUCUACAAUAUUUAACAAAAAAAAACCUAAUGGCUUUGUAAAUCCCUAUACUCUCUGAGUGUCGGGUAUAAUUAUAUGCCAAUGGGGAUAAAGCACUCCCCAAAUAUAUCGCUAUAAAUAAAAGCAAAAAUAUGGCUAAGAUAUGUAGAGAAAAUUCACAUAAAGUUCGUAGCUAUAAGAAAGAGAUGCCACAAACAUCUUGACCAAUUGUGAAUACCUUAUUCCAGAGGUAAAGAAAAUUGCUAGAUCGCAAAAAUUAGUUACCCAAAGCAAGCAUCAAGCUAACAAAUAUAAAGAAAAUAAUCAAAUUAGACGAAAGUGCAAUUCGUUAGAGAAUUAUGCAUCUGUAUUGAUGUGAAUUAUAAUUGCUAGAAGACAAAUUGCCUGCCCAAAGUAUCGCUAUAAAGGAGCAGCAUAAAAUUAAGCUAAGAAAUCGAUAGAAAAUCCCAUAAAGGUCCCAUAAAUUUAGUGCCAAAGUUCAACCAAGAGAGCGGGGCAGACAUCACUCUUAUAUCAUUAUAUCACAAUUAUUAUAGUAACCCCUUUAGAAGAAUCUGUUUUGUAAGCCAUUUUAGUGCCUGAUAAAGAUGAAAAAGGAAAAUAUUCUCUUCACUGGACUCCUCGUGCCCUCUGCCACACAUCGUAUGAACCAAUCAAUCGGUAGAGCCUUAAAGCCUGUGACAUUUCUAGCAUAAGUUCUUUCGCUUUGUAUAGCUUUUAGUUACUAUAUGUUCCACAUAUCACACACCACACCACACACACACACCCUCCAUACGCAUACCAUGUACCAUUUUGUCUGUGUUGUGUGUGUUUCCAUUAUUUUUUUGGCCAGUUGCGCCCCGCCCCGCCGGUGUUCAUUUAUUCGUUUCGUUUCAUUCUUGUUCCUUUCAUUCCACACAAAACAAAAACAACAAAAAUACAAGAAAUCAGAAAGCCCGUAAACCGAGAAACUCUUGUGCUAAAGUCUAAUUAAGUGCAUAGUUUUUAGUGUUUGUUGGGGUCUAGAGCUGCCCCCGUGAUUACAAAAAAAAUAAACUGAAUAAAUAAACCAAAUAAAAAAAAAAC